AUGCUAAGGCGGCGGGUGAAAGCUUUUGGCUUUGACGGACGGCUGGGUCAUCACCCCAGCAAGGUGCACGUUCGAACGGCGGAGGGUCAAGUCCCUAUUGCGGUGCCCAUGUACGGGGCUUCUCCAGCAAAACGGGAGGUUAUCGACAAACAAUUACAGACCUGGUUUGAGCAGGGAGUAAUUGAGCCCUCGAUUAGCCCCUGGAGUGCACCCGUGGUUAUCGUGUAUCGCAACGGGAAGGCGCGUUUC